AUGAAGUUCAACCUAGCAGCAAGCGUAAAGCACGUCACACGAGUCCUCAACCCCGAUCUCGAAAUCCCAGACAGCAGCGGUAGUAAAAGUAGCACUGCUCCUCCGCCUGGUGCUACUCGAACCCCAUCUUCUUCAUCCUCCUCCUCGCCACCUCCGUCCUCCGUUUCGUCAUCUCCACCAGCAGCAGUAGCACCACCACCACCACCAUCCGUCCCAUCAUCCCACAAUGGAACCAAACACUCCUCAAAGCGCUCCUCCCUCUCCGUCCGCAGAUUAAGCAGAAAAUCCGCUCCAGUCUGCACACCACAAGCGCCUCCACCAAAACCACCACUAUCAACAUCA